CUUGUCAACAAUAGCCGACUGCUAGCUUUUAAACAUUCAAACAUUCAAGGUAGGUUAGACAGGUAGUUACUUGGAUAUCGUCAAACUCAACCCACGUCGAUAUUUGUAAUUAUUUUUAGACAGGUUAUGUUCAUAUUAGAGAUAUAGCCAUUCUAGUUAUAAUUCAUGAACUUUUCAGUGAAGUAAAGCUAGCCGGUUAGCUUCAGAGGCUAAAGUUUUGGCUCGAUAAUGUUGUGACUUCUCGUCGCGGUCAACAUGUCGGUGCCGUUCGGUGACACCCACCUGAGAAUCCCACGGGGUUUCGGGGCCAUCCUCGAAUGCCUGGUGCGAGAAAUCCUCCGGGAUCAGCCUGCGGACAUUCCCAAGUACGCCGCCCUCUACUUCCAACAUCUUCUCAAACGACGAGAAGAGAGUGGCGUGGACCCGUCUGAGUGGGCCGCCAGCCUGGAAGAUAGAUACGAGUUCAACCGUGCAUUUCAGGAUAUUUCCGAGCCAGAGCCUGCAACACAAGCCUCAGUUUCAAACGAUAAGCCAACAGACUCUCAAGCCAAGGAUGAGUCUGCUCAGCAAGCAGAGGCACCACAAGUCUUGGCUACAUCUUCUGAUCAAGUUGAUCUGACGGAUAGUGCUAAAAAAGAUGAUGUAUAUCAGUCGGAACCUGUUGAUCAAAAAGCAUCGGAGGAGAAAGAGAACCCUGAGGCUGAAGAACCAGAGGAGGCUUUGCAGCAGUCUGAUCUAGUUGAGGCAGCCGCUGAGGCUGAGGCAGAUGCUAAGGCGGGUACAGAGACUGAAGCUGAGACGGAUGCUGAGCCUGAAGCUGAGACGGAUGCUGAGCCUGAAGCUGAGACGGAUGCUGAGACUGAAGCUGAGACAGAUGCUGAGACUGAAGCUGAGACGGAUGCUGAGACUGAAGCUGAGACGGAUGCUGAAGCUGAAGCCGAGACAGAUGCUGAGGCGGAGGCUGAGGUGGAAGCUAAGGUAGAAGCUCAGAUAGAAGCUGAAGGAGAAGCCAUGAUGGAACCUGAGGUACAAACUGAGGUUGAAGCUUCAGAGCAGGAUGAACCAGAGACAACCCCAGAGGAAGUCCCAACUGAUGAUAUUAAAGAAGAUAAGGAUGAUAAAUCAGAGGCCGUUGAUGAGGAGAACCCCCAAAUCCAGUCUGAAGAAACCGAAGUAACCCAACCUCAAAGUGAAACCCUCGAUGGUGAACAAGAAGCUGGAGCUCAGGCUGUAGAAACAACUGAGGAGGGAGGUGCGGAGAUGCAGGCCACUGAUGAGGAAGAAGGCAAUGUGGACAACACUGAAGAACCAGCGGAGCAAUCUUUGGUUGAGGUUGACUUUGAAGAGAUUCCAGAUGCUCAGCAAAGUGAUGACAGGGAGCAGCAGCCAGAAGAAGAGAACGUUCCAGAAGAGGUUUCGCAGAAUCCUGAAGAACAAGGCAAUGAUGAGCCUGAAGUGGAGGGAGAGCCAGAUGACCCAAACAAUAUAGAAACUAAAGAUGAGGUGGUUGCUGAGCACGCAGAGGAGGCAGGGCCAGAAGAUGCAACAGAAGCUGAUAAUCAAGGAGGGGAUUAGAGACAGGAGGAUCGGGGGCAGUAGGGAGUGAUGACACAGCUGUGCCAGAGCAGUGAUGGCCCCUUUCCUGACCUGGAUGAAUAAAGAAAGAGACGUAGGAGGGGCUUAAGCAAGGUAGCAAGCAAGUAUAUGGUUGGCUGGCGCAAGCUGGCUGGGUUGGGUUUUCAGGCACACCUAUUUACCACUUUUUUUAAUUGGUUUAUUCCUGUUCAGCAUAAGUUAGGUACUACAAAAUGAACAGUUUGAGAAUGUGUUUUUUUCCCCUUUUUUUUUUUUGUCAACUUCUGCUUCUCCAGUAGUCUUCAUUAGUGCGGAUGUCUUUGACCCACAAUUUGCGACUCACUGCAUGUACUUGUGAAACUUCUGGUGGUGUGCUACUUUUUAGAUCUGUGAAUGUGAAAAUGAAUGUGCUCUAAAUGCAGAACAGAGCUUACGUGUGCAUCAUCGGCGUUAGACUUCCGUGGCUUAUAUUGUUGCUUGUUUACUGGUAUCUUAUUAUUACUUACCCGAUGACUCGCUCGCAAAAAUAAUUAAAGAUUCAAAAAUAAAAAGAAACACCUCAAGAAA